CGGGCUGCCUCAGAGGAAGGGGAGGGCUCACCCUUCUCUGCCGCCUCUUGGAGAGGAAAGGGGAAUUUUAUAAGGCUCGGGCUCCCUCCCCUUCCUCGUGGCCGUGGGAGGGCCGAACCAGCGCGUCUGUGCAGAAGCAGCGCGGAGUGCUGAACUGCUUCCUCGCGGCGAGGAGAGUUCUCGGCUCCCGAGACGGCCGUUGUUUGUUUCUAACUGUGGGAGGCGAAGCUCCUUUUCACAGACGUUUCAAAUUACAGCGGUUUCAUAAACCUGAGCUCCCGGGGUUGGGCAUGAAGGAUUUGUAGAUUAUGCCAAGAGUGGACGUCAUCUGGUAAAAUCCUCCCAAAAAGUCCCUUGACUGAUGUUAUUUUCAGAGUAUUUGUUUUGUGAUAAGCAAUGAUGAGAGGAUGCUUAUCAAAGCUAUUAGCUUUGUCCUGUGAAGGCUGUGGGAACUACUGGUUUUUUUCAAAUCGUCUCAAAUUUAGUGCCUCAACAUUGAUAUUUCUGUUUUAUGUUCCGUAGUGCACCUCUCUCUUAUUUUUUGUAACAAAGAGAUGGAGUUUGUUGAUUGUUAGUACUGCUCGUUUCCUUCCACUGCUGUUGUACCACAUGUGCAUUUGAUUCCUCAUGUCUGGUUGCUAAGGUAGCAGAUGCAAAAACAAACCAGACAGGCUUUGCAGAAGGUUUUGGGAAUUCUUUAGAACAAAAGGUCCCAGAAAAAAACCAGUAGUUUUCUUGAGAACAUAAUUUAUCAGUCUAGUCAAAAGUAAUGUGGGAGUUUGGGUUCAGGGUUUGCAGCUGUUUUAUUUAAAAAAAUCCAAUUUCUGCAAAUUUAGAGGAGCUUGUGAUAUUGUAAAGAUGUUGAACAGUGUGACAGCUUUUCAGUCAAACUAGGCUUUAUUUAUUUAUCUAUUUAUUAACUCCUUUUCAUGUCCCUCCUCUAAUAAAAGGACAUCCCUUUGUGGGAUUUAAUUUAAUUAAUUUGUGGGAUUGGAAUUGCCUGAAUUGUAGUCCUGAAUCAUAGUUGAGCCUUUUGGAGCCUUCCUGCCUGGGGAACAUGGAAGACAGCUUUGACUCUGUAUUUCUUUUGGAUGCAGCAGAUACAUUCAUAUGAAUUAGUUGUAUUUUGAGCUUACAAGCAUCCUGGUGUUAUCACACCAUAUAUAUAUAUAUAUAUGUGUGUGAAAACAUAUAUAUAUAUGUUAUCACACCAAAUAUAAAUUUCAGUGCUUCAAAAGAACAUUACAGCAGAAUUGUGUAAGUAUGUCCUAAAUAACAGCCUCUAAACCAAAUGUCUCUUAUUUAGCUUUUUGAUGUGAAUUUUUCAUGUUUACUGUUUCCUCUGUCAGUUUCUUGUCUCUGUUAAGUCAGUUCCCAGUUUCUGAGUGCUAAAUAUUUGACAGUAUAUCCAAGGGGAGAGAAGCAUGUGGUGCUGGUUCUGAGCAUAAGAAGUUCUGAGACUGGCUGAUUUCUCAGGAGCAAUCAACAUUUCAACAACUGAUGGACUUAGAGCUCCUGAAGAGGCUGCGCCAGGCCAGCCAGGACCUUCUACAAAGGCUGAGAAUGAAGCAGGAAGAGCUCAGAAAAGAACUCCUCAAUAAGCAACUCCUUCCAGCAUCUCUUCAUAGCAGUACAGCUGCUGACAGAUGUGUCCCCUCGCCCAGCAGAGUGAAGGAAAAUCAGGUCGAUGCAGUAAAGUCUACAGCUGACCCUGAAGUGUUUGUGGAAACCAGAGCUGGCCCAGCCCUCAGUUCAUCUCCUAAACCCAGCAUCAGUGACAGAGGGGUACAGCAGCAACAAGUGAAGACACAGGAAGGUUUCGAUUCCAACUUUCCUGAGAAAGAGGAGAAUGUUACGCCAGGAUCUGCAGUCAUGUGUGGCAGAGGAAUCUCCAGGGUGGAUGGGGAUGGCCGUGCUCAAGGAAGUCCAGAGAAAGAGUCCUUCUUCCUGGGUCAUGGAGAGAACAGAAAACACUCUGCUCUGCUGCAAGGUUCCCAUGAGAAAACUCAUCCGGGGCCAUCGCUGAGCAGAGUGCAAAAUAAAGAGACCAGUGAGCAGCAUGAGGUCAUCAGAGAGCCCCAUAUCCCUGAAUCAGUCUUGCUGACAUCUCGUUCCAAAGGGUUGAAGAAGAAAGCUUGUCAUGUGACUUUUCAGCCUGACACUGAAGAAGAUGCCAUACCUGUCAGCAGCUGGUCUGCCCAUCCUUUCCUGGGCUAUGACUGGAUUGCAGGGCUCCUUGAUACAAAGUCUCCAGUAACAGAAAAAUCUGAGCAGUACUUCUCUGAGCUGCAGGAGUUCCGACAGUCCAACAGAGAAACCUGUAUUCAUCAGCAGCACUUGGAGCCCAAGGCUCUGGAUUGCACAGGUCCUGAACAAGAACUGGAUUUGAUAAGUCAUAAAUGUGUUUACUGUUACCGAUUAAACCAGCGCCUCUUCUCCAUCCCUGUGGAUCCAGAAUCUGCCUGCCCUGUGUGUAAGAUCCCACGAGCCCACCAGCCCCCGGGGACACUGGAGGAGCCAGCCUAUGUCAGGGUCAGCAUUCCCAGGUCUGCCCUUUUGCCAGCCCACAAGUACAAAGCCCAUCGCAGGAGGAGCUUUGAGCCGGCAGACGAUCUAGCGCUGCACUCGCAUUGCCUGGCUGGCUGGGAAAGCAUGGUCCCUUCCAGCAACACCUUGCUCAGCAGUUUGGACCUGCGAGCCUCACUGGAAGAGAAGUCUUCUCCCUGUGCUCAGCUGGACUCAAGUGUCCAGAGUGUCAGGAGAAGCCAGAACUGACAAGUUUCUACACCUGCCUCACUUAGCACACCUGAGGUCUAGCAGAGCAAUCCGGGACACCAGACAGCAGCUCUCAGUUCAGACCCCAUUCCCUCAACACUCUGGACAAUUGACUUGAUUGCCCUUGGGAAAGGGAUGGAAACACAUGGAAACAACUCAGAAACAAAACCAUUUGGAUAAAAAUAAAUCUUUGGACAGAUUUUUCCCAG